GGUAGAGUAAGAAUAAUAAGUGGAAGUAUGUAAUGAAGUGCUAACGCAAAAAGCAAAAUUGACAGGGAAGAGUGAAGGAAAGAAGCAGCAAAGUUUGGACUUUGGAGACGCAGUGCCAAGGCUUUGGAUUUGUCUAUGUGUUGCGCUUCCACUAGCUCUUUAUCCUCUUACUAAAGUUCAUAUCCAUCCAUAAGUUCUGAAACUGUUUUAAAUUCUCAUGCUUAUCGGUGGAAAAUGCUUCUAGCAAUCCCACCAAAUGCACAGUCUAUUCCAAUUGAAAUCAAGCGCGAGACUUUCCAUACCCAUCAAAGUCGGCUUCUUCACUUGCUGACCCACUGUACUGAUUUGUCAAAGCUCAAACAGAUACAUGCUCAAGUAAUUCGUAACUUCUCAACCCACAAAUCCUCUCUCUUUCUCUACAGCCGAAUUCUCCACGUUUCGUCUUUAACUGAUUUUGAUUAUGCCUGCCGUGUUUUUUAUCAAAUCGGUAACCCCAAUUCAUUCAUGUGGAACACUCUGAUCGGAGCCUGUGCACGGAGCUUGGACAGGAAAGAGCAGGCGAUUGAACUCUUUUACGGAAUGUUAGAAGAAGGCUCAGUUGAACCAGAUAAACAUACUUUUCCUUUUCUUCUUAAAGCUUGUGCUUACGUAUUUGCUUUAUCUGAAGGGAGACAGGCGCAUGCUCAUAUCGUUAAACUUGGGUUAGAUUCAGAUGUUUAUGUUGGCAAUAGCUUGAUUCAUUUAUAUGCUUCUUGUGGAUGUUUGAGUAUAGCAUUGAAGGUGUUCGAGAAAAUGCCUCUUAGAAGUUUGGUGUCGUGGAAUGUGAUGAUUGAUGCAUAUGUUCAAUGUGGGGAUUUCGAGAAUGCUCUCAAGCUAUUUGUUGAUAUGCAAAACAGUUUUGAGCCCGAUGGGUAUACAAUGCAGAGUAUAAUUGGUGCUUGUGCUGGUAUUGGAGCUUUAUCUGUAGGGAUGUGGGCUCAUGCUUAUGUGUUGAGGAAGGCCAAUGGCGCUAUGGCGAAUGAUGUCCUGAUCAACUCUUCACUGAUAGAUAUGUACAGCAAGUGUGCUUCUUUGAGAAUGGCCCAGCAGGUCUUUGACACAAUGCCUAAACAUGACUUGAAUUCAUGGAAUUCAAUGAUUUUAGCACACGCCAUGCACGGACGGGGGGAGGCUGCCUUGCAGUGUUUCUCUCGGUUGGUUGAAAUGGAGAAGUUUCAGCCCAACUCUGUUACGUUUGUCGGUGUUCUUAGUGCAUGUAACCACAGAGGCAUGGUUGCAGAUGGUCGGAAAUAUUUUGAUAUGAUGGUUAAUGAGUACAAGAUUGAACCUCGGUUGGAGCAUUAUGGAUGCCUUGUUGAUCUUUUAUCUCGCUCUGGUUUCAUUGAUGAAGCUUUGGAGUUAGUAACAAAUAUGCAUAUAAAACCAGAUGCAGUGAUCUGGAGGAGUCUUCUUGACGCUUGCUACAAGCAGAAUGCUGGUGUUGAACUGAGCGAAGAAGUGGCAUUGGAGAUCCUUCAAUCUGAAAAAACAGCUUCCAGUGGUGUUUAUGUGUUGUUGUCAAGAGUCUAUGCUUCAGCACGCCAGUGGAAUGAUGUCGGGCUCGUAAGGAAGGCGAUGGUCGAUAAGGGUGUGACAAAAGAGCCCGGCUGUAGUUCGAUAGAAAUUGACGGCAUUAACCAUGAGUUUUUUGCAGGAGACACAUCUCACCCCAAGAUAAAAGAGAUCUACGGCGUUAUUGAUUUGAUUGAGGAAAAAUUAGAGAAACAUGGUUACUCACCUGACUGUUCACAGGCAACCAUGGUAGACGAGCCCGAUGUCAUCAAACGACAAUCGCUUAAGUUGCAUAGUGAGAGACUUGCCAUUGCUUUUGGGUUACUAAACUUGAAACCUGGUGUGCCGAUGCGAAUAUUUAAGAAUCUUAAAGUAUGCAACGAUUGCCACCAGGUCACCAAGUUGAUUUCUCAAAUCUUCAACGUAGAGAUUAUCAUGAGAGAUCGUAAUAGGUUUCAUCAUUUUAAGAGUGGAAUGUGUUCCUGCAUGGACUUCUGGUAAUUUCUUUGUAGAUCAACCAUUAAAGUUAUAUGCAAUUGUAUAAAAAGGAAAUGAAAGUAUAAACUACUAAUAUGCCAAACCCACGUGAACUAACGGAAGGUGGAACCUUUCCGAAAUUCAUACCACUGUGCAUAAACCCUAACGGGCGUUUGGCACGUAGGUUAGAAAUAAAAUGUAGAGCGUGGAGAUUAGAUUGGGAGACCUAGAUAGUUUGGGUUUAAGAAAAUUGGGUUUGGAGUGCAUUAGCCAGAAUGAAGUGUAGAUUUAUAAAUAUUUAAUUUAUGAAAUAUUUUUUUGUAUUUAA